AUGUCGUUGCUUCAGAAGAUUGCCGACAUCGAAAAUGAGGGCGCAAAAAUCCAGCUGCUCGACCUUCCGGGGAUCAUCGAAGGCGCCAAAGACGGCAAGGGACGAGGACGGCAAGUAAUUGCAGUUGCGCGUACCUGUUCUCUGAUCUUAAUCGUGCUCGACGUUUCCAAACCACUUCAACACAAGCGAUUGAUUGAGUACGAGCUCGAAGGCUUCGGGAUUCGGCUCAACAAACAACCCCCGAAUCUCUCUUUUAAGAAGAAGGAUAAGGGAGGAAUCAAUUUGACAGCCUUGGUACCACAAACCGAGCUGGAUUUGGAGACUGUCAAGCAGGAACUAGACGUGAUCUACAAAAUCCCGCAUUGUGUCCCAAUAUCGGCGCACCACAAAUGGAACUUCGACGAUUUGUUGAACAAGAUUUGGGUAUACCUGAAUCUCGUCAGGAUUUACACAAAGCCAAAAGGUCACUUGCCCGACUACUCGGCUCCGAUCGUGCUCAACGCAAAUACGAAAACGGUUGAUGAUUUGUGCAUCAAGAUCCACAAGUCACUUCAGAAAGAUUUCAAAUGCUCAGCCGAAUUUACUGAACCAACGACACACUACUCGAUGGGAGUUGAAGACCCCGCUUUUUUGCAGCUACAACACGAAAAGGAACGUCUCGCUCAGCGAUGCGCUUUGCUCGAGCAAUAUUUAGAGGAGAAUGAGGGAACGCCGACGCCAGCGAAUGACAGCAACGCUUUGGCAGCUCAGAUCGCCGAAUUACAAAGGGAAAAGGAGAUCCUUCUAGUCAAUUCGCAAAACGUGUUGUCCGAAAUCAACCGAAGGCAUGCCGACACGGAGAAGAAGCUCGAAAAACGAAUCGCAGUUUUGGAAGAAGAAAACAGGUAUCUAGUCAAUAUCAAGAAUGAGAGUUUUCAAAACGAAACUCGGACGGACCGGGAACAAGAACUGCAAGUUGCAUUGGAUGCACUGAAGGAGCAGAAUGAGCAACUGUGCGCAGAACUUGAAAGACUUCGCUCUGAAUUAAACGAGAAAAUUGACGAGAACAGUUCAUUGGUGAAAGACUGCGGCGAAUUGCGUGAACAGAAGAAAGAAUAUCAAGAAAAGCUUGAGUUCCAAAUGGAUUUGAAUCGCCAGCUCCAAGAGUCACAGACCGGAGGCCUCGUCUUGGAAGGGGCUGCGCGCGGAAAUUCCAUGUUCGGCGAGUUUGUUGACGAGCGCAAAAACUUGGAGAAAGAUCUGAAACGUAUGCACCACGAGCUGAAAUCGCUCCGUAUCCAGAAUGCUGCACAGGCCGGCGAGCUCGACGAGAUGCGCCGGCGAGCCAACCAAAACGUGGGCAUCACUUCGGGCCCUGCCAAAGAAUGUCGAUGCCAAGAUGUCGAACAAGAGAUCGAGACAUUGCGCAACGAAAACUCUUUCUUCGAGCAGACUCUGCUGGCAAAGGUCGAAAAUGGACUCGCUUUAACCUCAACGCAAGAAGCUCAGAGAUUCAAAGCGGACCUCGAGUUUUUGAAGAGCAAUCUCACGCGCAUGAGAAACGAACGUGACCAGGCAAAGGAUACAUGCAUCAUCGAGCAGAACCGGUCGCGCAACGCAGAGCGAGAAUGCGCCCUGCUGAAGACUCAAAAGGAUCGUCUACAGGCUAUUGUCGAUGAUCAUCCACAUCGGAUGGCAACCGUUAUUUCUGGCGACGAUACUGCGACGGAACAACUGCUAGCGCCACAAAAACCUAAGCCAUUUACCACACCGAUGGCCGACGCCCCCGGAACCUCUCGUCUACCACGACCAGCCGCUGCUUCAACAACCUCGCAGGCAGCGCUGAUGGGUAUGCUUCAAAGUGAAAAGCGCGCUGGCAAGGUUAAGGCGACUGUGGUUUCCGAUGCCGACAUCCUAUCCCGUACAUUGAAGACAGGCGAGAAAGAGAAUCAGCCGCGUAUCGGGCCAGCCCAAUCAGUGCAGAAGCCGGCGAAGACCAUCACGCCGUUCUUUUACUCGACUCCCAAAAAGACUGCAUCAAGC